UCAAAUCAAAAGUCAAAACAAAUAUUUUAGGUUAGGCGGUUUUGAUUUUUUCUAGGUUUUUGAGGUUUUUAAAUUUUAAUUAAAUAUUGAUAUACAAAAAAACACGAUGUCGUCUAGAGACAAAGAUAAUAAAAGUUUCCACGAUAAAUUCAAGCAGUUUUUUCGUCGAAAUCAAGGCACUAGGAGCAGAGGUUCUUUUGAGCUCAGUGAUGAUAUACUGAGAGAUAUUGGAAAAGAGACUCCUGUGCCACAGAGAAUCAAGCGGUUGAAAGAUAUAACUGAACGAGUUUCCUGCAGCAACCUCGAUACUGAUACCAUUUCCAAGUUGUGGAAAAGCAUAGAGGAUAUAUUUUCUAUUGAUAACCUGGAACUGAGGAAUACAGGUUUCAUUUUCCUGAUCAAUUUAAUAAAACGCCAAAAUGAAGAACUCAAAAUUACAAGAGCCGAAUUUUUUCGGUUCAUCAGGACCCACAAUAAUCCCCAAGAUGUUGGGCAGAGGUUACAGCUUUUGGUUGCCCUAACAAGUAAUGGCAAGAACGUGCAGCAUUUUGAAGAAGAGAUUGGUCCAUUUCUUCUUGGAUGGUAUUCAGAUAUCCAACAUGUAAAUAAUGUGGUUGAAUAUUUAGAAUUGAUUUUGAAUAUAAUAAAAUUCAAUGCAGUGUGCUUAAAUAGCUUCAUACUUUCUGGUCUUGUUGAUCUUAUUUGUAUACUAUGCUGUGGCACCUAUGAACCAAGGACGAUCAGUUGUUGUCUUCAAAUAUUAGAAACUGUAAUAGCUUACAGCAAUAUGCCAUCAGAUGCAUUGCCAAGAUUGAUCGGAGCCCUAUGUCGAACAGUUAAUAACGAAGACUUCUGCCAAGAGGCUUGGAAGGUUGGAAAAAAUCUGUUAGGCACACACAUGGGUCAUGCUUCAAUGUACACUUUGUGUUUGAUUUUGGAGGAACAAGGCCUGAAGAGUCAGAUCCAUUUAUUGAGAGGAGCUGUGUUUUUCAUUCAUAUGUCUUUAUGGAGCUCCAAACCUGUAGCUAAUUUAUGUGUGCCUCCAAGUGCUGUUUUGCCGUCGUUACUCGAGGCAGUCAGAACCAACCAUCCUCUAAUAUGCUACGAAGUGAUUUUAGGAAUGUAUGAUCUUGUACAGAAAUUGGGGUUAGAAUUAUCAAAACCAGCUUGGAGCACCGUUCUAGAUAUUAUUCAGCAUGUUCAGAACAGCUUAGUUAUAUUUUCAGAAAGCAAUAUCGGCCAACAACCCAGCAACUUGAUAGUGACACCAAUGCACGAAACCCUCGAUAUGAUAGAGAAUUUAAUCGAUACAGGUUGCUUCAGUGGCUCGCUGAGACAGUACUUUGACAUAAUCAAAAACUGCGCUAAUAGUCGGCCAGAAAGCAGUGUAUUGAGGUUGAUUGAAUACAUGUCUAGAGACAUUAUUUCCACGGAACAAUGCUGGCUUACCAACUUGAACCAUUUACUGAAUAAAUUCUUCAAAAGUGAUGAAAUCAGAACUGACAUCAGAUUGGCGGCUUUGAAUGUGCUUUCGGGGGUUGCACAUUUGAAUAGAAAAAGUUAUGAAGAAGAAUUAAUUGAUAACAUCGUUAUUCCCCACUGUACUAAUAUAGUUAAUGACACGAAUAUCACAGUACGAUCAGCAGUGGCUAAAUGCUUGCUUAGUUUAUGCGUUUCCUGUGAGACUAAAAGGUGUGUGGAAAUGUUGGACAUUUUGGAGAAACUAAUGUUCCGACCAUUUGAAGUUUACACAGAUCAUAGUCCAUCAGAACAAGAACUUGAGGACGUCUUGAUUUUAGUAGAGGGUUUGAUAGAUGUAUUCGUUUACAAAUUGGAGCGUUUACCAUCAAACCACGCAGUAAGAAUAUACAAAAUAAUGGUUCUUUUCUUGGAAACCCACUAUAAAAAGCCUUCAGUCUUUGCUAAUUGUUACAGAGUUAGAUACCUGAUUUUCGAAUGCUUCUUGAAAAUGAGGGCGGAUGACCAAUACCGUUUGGGCUACUCGAGGGAUGAGAAGAACAUUAACUAUAGCCCUUAUUUAUGUGUCACAAGUCAUUCAGUGGAUAAGGCUGUUGUCGGCUCCCCUUUGCCCCAAUCACCCGCUUUGGGACAGCAUGGUGUCCAGUGCAAUAUUACACAUGUUUCCAUUAAACGUGCUUUCAGAGUGUUUAUAAGCUGUCUAGAACGCGAAAGAGACUGGAAUGUUUUACGAUUAGUGCUUCAGGAGCUGCCUAAGGUGCUGAAAAAUAAAACUCUCAUUCUAUCGAAGCAUGGUAAUAUCCAACUGGAUCUUUUGGUAGAUGUUUUGAGUCCACCGAUUCUGGACAAGCACUUUACGUUACCGGAGCACUUCAAUAAAACAGUGAACCGCCACGAGUACCUCCACUUAUUCUUCAUGGUUUUAGUGACCCUACCCUCUUAUCAUGCUUGUUUGGACCAGAAACAUCAACAGUUCCUAGUGCGGUGUCUCUCCCGGUGUAUAGGAAAUUCCUUACGUACCAGCCCUAAGCAACUUAUAGAGGCUCUGACGAUAUGCUGCUUGGAAAUGAGGGAUGUUAUGAUCAAGAUGUUACCAGAGAUACUCCUCACUGUAUCGAAAAUCUCUCCAACUGUCGUCAUAGCUAUACCAGUUCUGGAAUUCCUAUCCACUCUCACACAGCUGCCAAUGGUUUACGCUAGUUUUGUGGACAAGCAGUAUUUGUCCAUCUUCGCAAUAACGUCACCAUUUACGAAUCCCUUCAAGUAUAAUCACUAUACCGUGUCUUUGGCCCAUUAUGUGAUAGGUGUAUGGUUCCUGAAAUGUAGAUUGCCCAUUCGAAUCAACUCCGUAGCCUUUAUCACUAGUGCCCUUCAAACCAAUGUCCUGACUCCAUUUGAAGAGACCAAUUUCUUCAGUAAAGUGGACCUGAGUAAACUGAACAUAGACAGUUCGGACAGGAAGAGGAGUUCGAGUCUAACAGAGCAGGGUCCACGAAGAAGGGCUGCUACGGUGUCCGGAGGCAGCGCUGCUGUAUCGGGGUCAUCCGGAUCCCAAGAAAAUAAGGGGCAGUUGCUAAUGCACAAGGGUUCGAUUCCACUGACCAUCUCGUUGAAUGCGGCGAAUGCGUCAGUGUUGACGUUUUAUGAAGAACUCACCGAAACUUGCAUUGACCUAAUGGCCAGAUAUGCGUUUUCUCCAUCUAGCGCUCUGCCCCGGCGUACUCCCACUGCUGAAUUUCUCCUGAACGGCGGCCAAAGUAUGACCUGGCUUCUGGGGAACAAACUAGUCACGAUAACCACCAGCGGCUGUUCCCAGAAGGUACUGAAACACGGACUGUGCGACAAGUGCUGGCACGUCUGUUCGAGCGAACGGCAAGGCCAGAAAUCGGCGAGGAGCAGCAUAGAGAAUGCCGAGGCGGCCCUGUUGACUCGACAGAACUCCAGCGAUAAAAUCAACCCCGAAACUGUUGCCCCGCCGGAGGAAAAAACGGACGAGGAAAAGAAAGAUGAGGUCCAGAAGAAGUUAAGAGGUAUGGUUAGCGCCGAUCCGGAUAAGUACGAGAAGCCUCUGUGCUCCUGCUGGUGCCAAGCGUGGGCGGAAAUAUACGUUCGAAGACCUACAGGUGACAUGUCUUGGGUGAUGAGGAUACAAAAUACCAUAUCGUCCAAAUCCUCAAUCAACGAAUUUCCUCUGAAAGAGUUGACGCACCUGUUUAUGCCAUCUGUGACUACUGGGAAUGCAAACGAUAUUAGUCCCGCUACAUCUCGCGUUAACUCUUCGGCAGAUGCUGUAUUAGAUAUAGUUCUCCAAGAGAGGGAUAGAGACAUAGAUUCUUCAAACUUACUUAUUCGCAUUCCUGGUUCCAGUUCAAGGGACUCCCCAUCUCGGCAAAGUUCACGAGAUAGCGGAGACGAAGACAUGGAACACAUCUACGACGACGGAACCAAGACCAGAAACCCCGUCCGUAGGUCGAACUCCAGCCCGGAGAUGUCGAACUGGAAAAAUCCGUUCUUGCAUUCCAAGCACGACGACGAAAAAAAUACGGAAGAGGACGGUAGUAAGAAGGGAAAAUUAUAUUCGAAGGAUAUGAGAGUCAGUUGCGAGGCUAUACCAGAGGAAAUGGCUGGUACGACACCGCCAUCCAACGAAGCUCUCCCGUUGACCGACCUGUCUCUGCCUGGAAAGAAAGCGAAUAAUCCCUCGCAACACCCCUCCCUCCUCAGUUGCCACAGUUAUCCAGGUUCCUCGCCUCCGGGCGAGAGCAACAUCGCACCAAAAGCCUACCAAUCGGUGCCGCCAACCCCGAACGUAACAGCCACCGCAAACCAUCCGAUGUUACAGAGAGCAAGUCUGUCGAAAAACUCUUCCAGCGAUCUCUCGGUGGACUCGAACAAGUCGGCCAAGGAUUCGGACAAGUCGGGGCUGCCUGCCCACUCGAAACUUCAAUCGGUGGCGGCCAAACCGCCACAGAGUCCCACGCAGACUUCGGCUAAGGGUUGGAUUCUGAAGGACAAGGAAGGGAACGAAAUACAAAAGAGCGCGUCAGCUUCCGUCCUCGACAGGAAUACCACGAGUAACAGGGACACGAGCAGAGAUCGAAAAAGCACGGGGAACAUCGAUAAGCUCAGCGAUUUCGAUCCACAGAAGAGAGAUCGCACGCACACUGUGGCAGGGACUAGUCACGGCGUUAGGAAGCCGAGAAGCGAACAGCUUCAACAGCUGACCAGGCCUAGAGAAGCGCCGAAGAGCGGCAUCAAUCCAAGCUUCAUCUUCCUGCAGAUCUAUCAGAAAGUCGACUUCGCGGAUUCGAAAGAGAGGCCUAUCCUGAUUGGGACUGAUGAACCGAUCCGGAGAGCGAUUUCUAAUUUGGAUCGUAUUCCUCCGUACGAGACUCAUAAGAUUGGGGUUAUCUACAUUCGUGAAGGACAGGCGAACAAAGAAAGCGAAAUAUUGAAAAAUUCGUUCGGUUCAAUAAGGUACGGGGAAUUUCUCCGCAGACUGGGCACAUUGUUCAAACUUCAGGACGUGGAUCCCCAGCUACACUUCCUAGGUGGAUUGUCCCAAAACGGGGAGGAUGGCAAGUUCAGUUACAUGUGGCAAGACGAUUUGGUAAAGAUGAUUUUCCAUGUGGCUACUCUGAUGCCUAACAAAGAUUCGGAUCCGAAUUGUCAUUGCAAGAAGUUACACAUCGGUAACGACAAUGUGACUAUUGUUUACAACGAGAGUGGCGAGGAUUACAACAUGAAUACAAUCAGGAGUCAAUUCAAUUUCGCAUCUGUGAUUAUUCAACCAAUGGAUCAAAAUUUGAACAGGGUGACUGUUAAAUGCAAAGAAGUAUUGAUCAAUCUUAUGGGAGCUGGUUGCCAAGAAACCAAGAUAGUUUCCGAUCAAAGUGUUGCUAUACUAGCCAGGCAGUUGGCACUUCAUUGCAAUUUGGCGUCUUUGGUUCAUGCAUCGCUGCUUCUCUCAAAUUCCCAGAGUCCUUACGCUUCCAACUGGCUCGAAAGACUCAGACAGAUCAAAAAGAUCAGAUCGAGGGUGAUCGAUACAAUAGAUAGCCCUCCUCAUGCUGAAAAUAUGAUCAAUAGCUCCAAAUCGAGGCAGAAGCAGAUGGAAGAUUUCACCGAAUAUACAUAGGGUGACAAUCAAGUUGUUAAUCUUAAAAUUAUUGUGUUUAUCAUAAGGAAGAACUUACCGAGAUCAGAUAAGUGUAAUGGAAGUUUUUACUUCGUGCAGAAGGUAAUGUAACCACCUGUUUUAUUAAAAGCAGAUUUUAAUUAUAUAUUUCAAUUAAAUUUA